AUGGCCGCAGCCGAGACGAUUCCGAUGAAAUUCAGGAUUGUCCAAAAGUUCUACGAACCCCUCGUCCUGCUCAAGGCUCUGAAUCUCGAGAUGCAGGACAAGGCUAGCUACGUCGACCCCGACGAGCUCGACAACCGCAGGGACCUGAAGCAUACGUUCCAAGCCUUCGUCUACAAGCUCGCCCACGCAUGCGACAGCGUCAAGGGGGACAAAGGCGCUACGAUCACUUCUGUCAUGGUGCUCAAUGCGACAACGUCCGAUCUCGUCGAGUACUGGUUCGCCUCGAACCAGCGGACCACGGAGGAGUUGCAGAUUACCGCCUUUUACAUCGGGCGUAUCCUCAACCGCGCAGCUAGGGCGACUCUGCCUCAAGAUGAGUCUCUUCUUCGGAGGGACUUCCUCGAUAUCGUUUUGGGAUUCAACCGAGAACGGAUUGAACAGUACUUGGCGGCAUUUCGAUUUGAAGCGGAGAAAUGCUUGAAAAUAUGCUCAACUCAAGACAACGAGGAAGAUCUCCGUGAGUGCAACAUGGCCAUCCGGAGCCUAACGGCUCUCAAGGCCUCGGACGCCGGAGAGUGUAUCGCCCAACGCGCACGGCACAUUCGAGAGAGCGGACUCCGGGACAGGCUCAUUUCCUGCUGGCCUGAGAUGCGCCACAUGAUGAACAGACUCCUGGCCUACGCGCAGGACGUCGAGUUCUUCCUUCUUGCGAGGAAGAACUGGCCUCAGCUCUUUACGAACUCCCGGGUCUUGUUCCUGCCCUCCAGCCGUCCCAUACAAAGGCCGGGACGCCCGAAGAGCAUGACGGCCGAGGGAAUUGUCGGCAGGAUGACGCGGAAGGAGCAGGAGAUCGCCACCCUGCGAGGCUUUGUAAGGGAGCUCCAACUGAUGAACCUUGACCAGAGAAUCCGGGAGGAAUAUGGCAAGAAGACUUUCGCACCGAUAGUCCACUCCGAGGUCCUGCUUCUCAACAAGCUCGAGAAGAGCGGCGGCACAUCCCCCAAGCGGUUCUUCAACGGGUGGGUGUACAUCGGCAGCAGCAAGCCGCUGUGCAGGCUGUGCCAGUACUUCUUCGAGGAGCAUCGCUCAGGCGUGGAGCACCGAAGCAGUCACGAGAACCUGUACAUCAGCUGGAGGGUGCCGGAUGUCCGCAUGUCUGAGGGCGAGCUUGGGGAAGAGAGUCGACAGAUCAUGGUGGACAGGAUGCUCCAGAGGAUUCGCAAAGACGCCAUAAACUUGAUAAGGCGGAAGGUCCACCCGACGUUCAGGGACCAUGACAGCCUCACGUCGUCGGUGAGGUUGACGCUGGAUGGAAGAUGGGGCACGAUCAGUGAUGUAUCUGACGUAUCUGAUGUUGCAUCAAUGAUGGGAAGUAUGGGAAGUCUGGCUCUGGAUGAUGUCGAGGACGAUGAAGGAGGAGGAGUUGCCUUAGUCUGA